AUGACCAUGCAGUUCAUCAGCCACCGCUUCCCUGAGGACCACGACCCAACCAUCGAGGAUGCCUACAAAAUCCGGAUCCGCAUUGAUGAUGAACCUGCCAACCUGGAUAUCCUGGACACAGCAGGACAGGCAGAGUUCACAGCCAUGAGAGACCAGUACAUGAGGGCUGGUGAGGGAUUCAUCAUCUGCUACUCCAUCACAGACCGACGCAGCUUCCACGAGGUUCGGGAGUUCAAGCAGCUCAUCUACCGCGUUCGCCGCAACGACGACACCCCAGUGGUGCUUGUGGGCAACAAGUCUGACCUGGCCCAGCUGCGCCAGGUCUCCAAGGAGGAAGGCUCUGCUCUGGCCCGAGAGUUCAACUGUCCCUUCUUUGAGACCUCCGCGGCCUAUCGCUACUACAUCGACGACGUCUUCCACGCGCUGGUCAGGGAGAUCCGCCGGAAGGAGAAGGAAGCAGUGAUGGCCAUGGAGAGAAAAUCCAAGCCCAAAAGCAGCAUGUGGAAAAGACUCAAGUCACCCUUUAGGAGGAAGAAGGAUUCAGUCACCUGA